GGAACGAGGAAACAAGCCUAGAAGGCAGUGAACAAACCUACACGCGAAGUUGGUAGAGCUUCUGAUAUAGCAAAGUGUCAAGUAGCAAGAAUUAGCCAAUAUUUAGGGCGUGAAUGACACAUUUUAACUGAUUAUCGAGUUGUUUUUGGCAUGUAACAAUCUGACAGUACUGAUUCAACUUUUAUAUCGCACCAGUGUUUGGUAGACAUUAUUGUUGAAUUUAUGGAAAUAUGGUUAUAUUUAGCGUAUGACGGCUACUCUUUUAGGGACGUGAGGAACUGCCCGUAACUUAUUUAUAGAACUUUAUACUGUUUUAUCAACGAAUCCUAAGAAGAUGGAGGAUAUAUUUCAAUGGUGUCGUGAAGGAAAUGCCAUGCAAGUGCGUGUCUGGCUGGAUGACACCGAACAUGACAUGAAUCAAGGGGAUGAUCAUGGAUUUAGUCCUCUUCAUUGGUGCUCUAAAGAAGGCCAUACAAAGCUUGCAGAGUUACUUGUUAGUCGAGGAGCACGUAUCAAUGCUACUAAUAGAGGAGAUGAUACUCCACUUCAUCUAGCUGCAGCUCAUGGACAUAAGGAAAUAGUGCAAUUGUUGUUGAGAAAUCGGGCAGAUGUGAAUGUUACGAAUGAACAUGGAAACACUGCUCUACACUAUGCUUGCUUUUGGGGUGAUCAGGCAGUUUCUGAAGAACUAGUAGCUGCAGGAGCACUAGUUUCUAUAGCUAAUAAAGAUGGGGACACUCCACUAGAUAAAGCUAGAGGUUCUCUGGCUAAAAGACUGCAUGAUCUUGCAGUGGAGUAUGGACAAGACUUGAAAAAAAUACAAUUCAAGGAUCAAAGCUGGUUGGGCUUGAAAACCAGAAGUCGCGAUGCUACCUUGUCAAGACAUAAAGGUAUUAAUAUGGCCGAGCUAUCGUUGCAUACUCAUUUGGCCAGUACACCAAGUGGAGAAACUUGGAGAGGUCGUUGGCAGAAUAAUGAUAUCGUUGCAAAAAUAUUGAAUCUGCGCGAAUGUACUUCUCGAAUAUCUCGAGAUUUCAACGAGGAGUUCCCAAAACUCCGAAUUUUUUCUCAUCCCAACGUCUUACCUGUUCUUGGUUGCGUGAAUCAACCACCACAGCUCGCAACCGUUUCACAAUACAUGGCGAGGGGUAGUUUACAUAGACUUCUGCAUGGGGGAACGGGAGUCGUAGUGGAUACCGCUCGUGCUCUUCGUUUAGCCUUGGAUGUUGCACGGGCAAUGGCUUUUUUGCAUGGUCUUGAGAGGCAGAAUAGAUGUAGAUUCCAUCUAAACAGCAAACAUGUCAUGAUCGACGAAGAUCUGACCGCUCGUGUUAACAUGGCGGAUUCGAAAUUCUCCUUUCAAGAAGUUGGUCGCAUUUACGAGCCAGCCUGGAUGUCACCCGAAGCACUAAGUAAAAGACCAGCAGAUAUAAAUCUCGAAGCUAGUGACAUGUGGAGCUUCGCUGUCCUCCUAUGGGAAUUGGCAACCAGGGAAGUUCCCUUUGCUGAUCUUUCACCAAUGGAGUGUGGAAUGAAGAUUGCCCUGGAGGAUCUGCGUGUUAGUAUUCCACCUGGAAUUUCUUCACAUUUAGCAAAAUUGAUAAGGAUCUGCAUGAAUGAAGAUCCAGGAAAACGUCCAUCAUUUGACAUGGUUGUACCAAUUUUAGAUAAAAUGAAACGCUAAAAUACGAACGUGAAAUAUCCGAUUAUACAACAGCUGACAAAUUUGUGUUCCCUAGAGUUAUUGUUAAAGUAACGCGAUAACGAAUACAUAAAAUAGUAUAUGUUUAUUACGUCAUUAUCUCAUCUAAUCAUUGUUCACUAAUUAACACGGUGCCUCCAAUAACAUAAAUAAUUAUCGUAUUUUUAUAUUACAUUUCUAGACAGAUGAACUAUGUGCCUCGAAAAUAGAUCUUCCAAAAUGUUACACUUUGUAUACAAUAUUUAAUUGUUCAAUUUUUAUAUAUAACUUAUUAUAAUUAUACCAUGUAUGAUCCGUAAUACAAACAGCAUACGCAUUUUUAGAACAAUAAUAUUCUUGCUACCUAAUGCGAUCAGUCGCACUACAUUGUGGCUUAAUUACUGUAUCUUACACUGUAAAUUGAUAAGAUCAAUGUCUGCAUUAUUAUGUCUCUACCAUAGUUAUUCAUACUUGCCAUAUUUUAAAUACAAAAUACUCUUGAUGGGUGUUAAUUUAGAAAUUUACCCUUAAUUUAUUAAAAUCUAUGAUUGUUAACACGUCUGCUAUUCUUAUAUAACUUAUUAGGGCUGACAAAAAUAAAUAUUAUUGACCAAAUAGUAACGUGCCUUAAAUAAAAAUUAUCAAGAAUAAUCUAAUGUAAUUAUUAUGUAUACAAAUGUAUCCUCACUACGUGUGGAAUAAAGUAUGUAAUCAAGA